AUGUCCCAGGGUGUGCUCGGGGUGUACCACGGGUGUGCAACGAGUGCAGUGGGCUGCACUGGGCUAUACUGGGCUAUACUGGGCUAUACUGGGCUGUACUGGGCUAUACUGGGCUAUACUGGGCUAUACUGGGCUGUACUGGGCGGCGCCCCAGGCGCCCCGCCCCGCACUGGUCUACGCGCAGGCAGCUGGGCUGGCGUCAGCGGCAAGGGCGCAGGCGCGGAGAGCGUUUCCCGCCGGGGGUAUAGCUCAGUGCCCCACCUCCGGCCCCACCCCCGGUUCCCGCCCGGGCUCCGGCUCCUGCUCCCGCUCCGGCUCCGUGCGCGGCUCCCCGGGGGGGCUACCGGCCCAUGGCGGGGCGCUGAGCCCCCCCCCACCCCCCUCCAUCCACACACCCACCCCGAGCAGAGCCGGGGCCGAGUGGGGUCACCAUGCACGGGGGGGGGCCUCAUCCUGCUCUGCCUGCUGCGCGGGGUGCUGGGCGCAGGACCCCCUCCUGGGAGCUCUACGGUGGGUGAAGGGCGACGGAGAGCUGAGGAGCCCACCGAGGGGACCCGCAUCAGCCAGGACCUGGGCGGGGGCAGCUUGGCCAUCGACACUCUGCCGGCCAACGAGACCAGCAUCGUGGAGGACAACCACAGCUACUACGUGUCCCGCAUCUACGGGCCAGGGGACGCCCUCCCGCGGGGGCUGUGGGUUGAGCUGGCAGCAGCCAACAGGAGCCAGGUGAAGGUCCAUGGCAUCCUCUCCAACACCCACCGGCAGGCCUCGAGGAUUGUCCUCUCCUUCGACUUCCCCUUCUACGGCCACCUCCUGCGCCAGGUCACCAUCGCCACCGGCGGUUUUCUCUUCACGGGGGACGUCAUCCACCGCAUGCUGACGGCCACGCAGUACAUCGCCCCCCUGAUGGCCAACUUCAACCCCAGCUUCUCCCCCAGCUCCACCGUGCAGUACAUGGACAACGGGACAGUGUUCGUGGUGCAGUGGGACAAGGUCUAUCUCCAGGGGAAGGAGGACUUGGGCAGCUUCACCUUCCAGGCAGCCCUGCACAGCUCUGGCAGGAUCAUCUUUGGGUACAAGGAGAUCCCAGUGCCCGUCCUGCAGAUCAGUGCCACCCAGCACCCGGUCAAAGCUGGCCUCUCGGAUGCCUUCAUGAUCCUCAACCCAUCUCCCGACGUGCCUGAGUCGCGCCGCAGGACCAUCUACGAGUACCACCGCGUGGAGCUGGACACCAGCAGGAUCACCAACCUGUCAGCUGUGGAGUUCACCCCCCUGCCCACUUGCCUCCAGCACCAGAGCUGUGAAGCCUGCGUGACCUCGAAGCUGACCUUCAACUGCAGCUGGUGCCACGUCCUGCAGAGGUGCUCCAGUGGCUUCGACAGGCACCGGGAGGAGUGGCUGAGCUAUGGCUGUGCCCAGAAGUCAGAUGAGAAGACCUGUGAGGACCUGGCAGAAGCUGGCCACUAUUCAGCCCCUCCUGACAGCUCUUCCUCACCCCUGGAUGAAGAUGUCACCACCUCCUCCUCCCUCUUCAUCGACAGCCUCACCACAGAAGAUGACACAAAGCUCAGCCAGGAUGCAGGAGGUGCAGCAGCUGUGGGAAGCAGCAGUCUCCCUUCCCAGGAAGCAGCAGCCCCAAUCCACACGGGAAGCAUCGUGGGGAUGGUCCUGGCCGUGCUGCUGCUGGCUGGCAUCAUCCUGGCAGGGAUUUACAUCAGCAGCCACCCCACCUCCAGCGCUGCUCUCUUCUUCCUCGAGAGAAGGCCACACCAUUGGCCUGCCAUGAAGUUCAGGAACCACACCAACCAUGCCACCUACUCAGAGGUGGAGGCAUCCAGCCAGGAGAAGGAAGGCUUUGUGGAAGCAGAACAGUGCUGAGACCUUCCCCCCACCCCUGCACCUCCAACCUCCCUCUCAAGCAUUGGGAGACUUCUGUUGUUCUAUUGCAAAGUCUUUGCCCUCUUGGAAAAGCAGCA